UUGAAUCUUAAGUUUUGCGAUUCUUGCGAGUGCUGUCUCUGCAAUGGGUGGCGGUGGAAGAAGAAAACCCACAAACAACAACAACAACAAAAACAAAAACAAAAAACAACAAAAGCAAGAGCACACACGAAGAGGGAAGCCGGACACGUCAUCGUCGUCUGGUCGUCGAAUAAGGAACUCUUUGUUUGUUGAAGGAGGUCUUUUGUCUGAUUGGCAACAGAAGUUUCAAUCUCCUUCUCGAGGAACGACUGCCAAUAUGAACUCGAAUUCUGGGUUAAAAUCUGGGAGUUCGAACCCAGCAAAAGCUUCUGCUUCUAAAAAUGGAUCAAGGAAGUCUAAUGGCAAUGUAUUUGCAUACCAAUACCCUUCUGUUGAUCUUAAGGAACUGCGCAUCGAGGACAAUGAGAGAGAUAAUAGUUUGGAUGAGUCACAGCAAAUGAUUUUGGUUGGUUCUAGGAAUAGUAAGAUUGUUGCUUAUAUAGAUGAAACUCCAACUUCGGAUCCUCAUAAUGUUAAUUAUAGCUAUGAUUAUAGCUCAGGCUUUGUGCUGGGUGAUAGCUCACAUAGGGGACUGGGAUUCUGUGAUGAAUCUGAGGCAACCCCAAGUGGUGUCGAUUCAUCCUCAAAGCAAGUGGAUGGGCGUGAAGUCUCAGGUUCUGAUUCACCAUUCUCCAAGGAGGAAGUGGAUACUGAUGAGAACAUAAGUCAGGAGGAAGGUGUUGAGAUGGCUGAAGAGUUGCCUGAUGAGAAUGUCUCACCAAAGGAGAAUUCAGGGUUCCUGUCAAUUGGAGGCAUGAAGUUAUACACCCAAGAUAUGUCUGAUGGGGAUAGUGAUGAUGAGAAUGAUGGGGACUCAUGUGAUGAUGAAUUUUAGGAGUCAUAUUCGGAUAGUGAUCAAUCAGAAGACUUGUCUGAUAGUGAUUCAGAUAUUGAUGAAGAGAUUGCUGAAGAUUACUUAGAGGGAAUUGGUGGGAGUGACAAUGUUUUAGAUGCCAAGUGGUUGGUAGAACAGGAUUUUAAUGGAUCAGAGGAUGGAAGUUCUUCCAGCAGUAGUUUUGAUAAUACUUUACAAAAGUUGGGUGGAAUUGCUCUCCAAGAUGCAUCUAGGGAAUAUGGUGUGAGGAAGCCCCUGCCUGUGUCAAAGAAAAAAAAAUCCGUAGCUGCUAGAGGUGCUUAUUCUUCUGCUUUUGAUGACCUCAUGCUUGUAAAAGAUCCAAGAACUGUUUCUGCAAAGAAUAAGCAUGCUCCUCGCCUUCCCCAGUCUUGGCCUCGAGAGGCUCAAAAGAGUAGGAAGUCCAGAAAAUAUCCAGGUGAAAAGAAGAAACACCGAAAAGAAAUGAUUGCUGUGAAACGCCGUGAGAGAAUGCUACGUCGGGGUGUUGAUCUCGAGCAAAUAAACUCGAUAUUAGAGCAGAUUGUUUUGGAUGGAGUAGAUAUGUUUGCAUUUCAACCUAUGCAUCACCGGGAUUGUUCCCAGGUACGACGAUUAGCUUCAAUAUAUCGCUUGCAGAGUAGCUGUUGGGGUUCUGGUAAGAAAAGUUAUGUAACAGUGACACAAACACGACACACUUGCAUGCCAUCAUCAAGUGACAGAGUUCGCCUGGACAAGCUGAUUGGUGCUGGUGAUGAGGAUGUCGAUUUCGCUGUUAACAAAGGUUCAAAUAUUAAAUCAGCGAGUGCAGACAGAAAGAAGAGCAAGACAUCAAAGAAUAUGACCGUUCGUAAUAAUAGUGGUGAAACAAGUAAGAAGAAAGGGAGUGGGAAAAAAGUUGCAUAUGCUAGUCAGCCUGUCUCAUUUUUGUCGAGUGGCAAAAAAGUUGCAUAUGCUAGUCAGCCUGUCUCAUUUGUGUCGAGUGGUGUUAUGCGGUCUGCAACUGUUGAGAUCAAAACACUAGAUUCUAUAAAGACAAGUGAAACUUUUGAAAGUAAGGGCCCAACCAGCUUGACACAGGUUGGUACAUUUGAGGUACACACUAAGGGUUUUGGAUCCAAAAUGAUGGCUAAAAUGGGAUAUGUAGAGGGUGGAGGAUUGGGAAAGGAUGGUCAAGGUAUGUCAAAACCCAUUGAAGUGGUCCAACGACCUAAAUCUCUUGGGUUGGGUGUGGAAUUUUCAAACAUUGAUGAUGACUCGGCAAGGAAGGUAUCUCGUGGUGACUCAGGGAGGAAGGAGUCUUGCAGUGACUCAGGGAGGAAGGAGUCUCGCGGUGACUCAGGGAGGAGGGAAUCUCGUGGUAACUCGACAAGGAAGGGACCUCAAAGCAUCGGAGCUUUUGAAAAGCACACUAAAGGUUUUGGAUCAAAGAUGAUGGCGAAGAUGGGUUUUGUUGAAGGCAUGGGCUUGGGAAGAGAUUCCCAAGGUAUUGUCAACCCUUUGGUUGCGGUUAGGCAUCCAAAAUCACGAGGCUUGGGAGCCAAUAAAGGUUAGAAUUUAUGUAUACUGAAAUAAUAUAAAAGAUAGUUGCUUCACAAUUUAUUGGAAUUGAACAUUUCCUAGAUCAAGUAUAUUUCUAGUUCCUUGUAAAUUAGUAUCUCUCUUGCAAUCAGUGUACUUCAUCUUUUUUUCUGAGCAUGCAAAAUUUGUUGCUUUCCUGGCUAUCUUUUUUACACUGCUCCAGCCUGUUCCAUUGCAGAUAUUGUGUAAUCAUGUGCUUGAUUUAGAUAUAACCUAUUUCAUUAGUCUUGGCCUUCUGGGCCCUUCAUUUGAUACUUCUUGGUAAACUUCUAUGGUGUACAUCAGGCCCAAGU